UACUAUUCCCGCGGUCACAUGUAAUCUGACCUUCUUACACGUCGAGAUCGUGAGCGCCACGACACAUUGCGUAGCCCAGUCUCCAGAGCGCCCAGCAGCUUGACUAAACCCUAUGGCAAAGGAGUAUCGCAGAGUCCUUCUCUCUUCCAUCAAAUCGUUAACUCUAUUCUCUGACGAAUACACCUUGGCCCGAAGAGCCUCGCCAAUACCUCAGCUUACAUGCAUAGGUCAGGUCUGUGAUGUGUUCCAGCCAGAGGCUAUCCAAUGUUUCAACAUUGGGGGCACAGGCACGGAUGUUAAAUGGAAGUGCGAGGCGGACCUCCCUUCAAGUCUCCGCUUUGGAAAAGUUUCUGUAUCAUGUGAGGGCUGGUCUGGCCCCGGAGAUAUGCACGUUCUUGAAGGCUCGUGCGGUUUGGAAUAUCGUCUGCUACACGUACCCCAGCAGUUCAGGCCACCAAAUUGGGAUGGCUCAUCGUACCUCAGCACAUUAAAUCGAUGGUUCAAUACUACUAAAGUGACAACCAUCAUCUUCGACAUCGUUUGGACAUCUGGAGGCUGGCUCAGUGGAUGGUUUGGAGGCAACACACCACGUCCUCCCCCGCCUCCUUAUGCCCCAAGCGACCCUUUCGCCUCCAAGUCUGAAUCUAGCUGGACCCCUGGGUUUUGGACAGGCCUUGGGCUGGGGGGCCUUGCGGCGUCGAUCUGGAACUCUAAUCGAGCUGCAGAGGAUUCUCGUCUUAGGCAACAACAGCAUCUUCAGCGCGAAUAUGACUGGGAGCGCGCACGGAUGGCAGCUUCUACUGGGGGCUCUGGUUAUGGAUGGUCAACACCCAGCCCUGCACCAAGGAGACGAGCUCAUGCAGAUGAAUGCUUGGAUAGUGAAGGGGCAGGCCCAUCUGGACUGGGCAGUACACGACGGAGUACCGGACUGGGCGGAUCAGUAGUACGAUGA